GACGGCGUGUCAAAGACAGCUGCCAUGUUUCAUGAGUGGGGAAACUUCGUGGUUCGGCUCGACAUCUGGCACCUCAUGCGUCGUUUCGCUUGUGGUGUCACCAGCAAGAGCCACGAGCUCUACCCCACCUUCAUGAGGCAGCUGUCUCACUGCAUCUUUGAGGUGGACCCUCAGGAUGCCCGCCGUCUCACCGAGGCCAAGCGGUCCGAGCCGGGGAGGAAGCGCGGGAUGUUUGACCUGAGCGAUGCUGAGGUGAUCCAGAGGAUCUCCAAGGAGGAGUGGAGGCUCCACUGCCACCGCAGGACACGUGGGGCGGUGGACACGGCCAUCCUCCUCCAGAACCUCUUGGACACCUUCAGAGGACCUUCAGGACGAAACACUCUGAACAUCCCGUUGCUGGAUGAUCUCCACAUCCAGGACAUCUGGGAAAUGCAGAUAAGCCACCUCAGCUGCAUUCAGGACCCACCAGGCCUGCAAGCUCUACACCCAGACUGGGUCGCUGACCAAAGGAGGGGUCAGCCUCCCAGUCUAUCGCUGUGUAAAGGGUUCCACAUCCCUAGAGUCCUUCCACCUCCACCUGAACCGCUUCAUCCCAGGGACGUCUGCCAGGGCCAGGUACUUCCAGGCGUUCCUCGUGGAUGGAGUGGUGAGGUGGAACAAGGACUGUGCAGCAGCUGCAGCGCCUGUGGAAGCAGCAGAGGAGAAGGCGUCUCUGCUGUCCUACAGUGGCCACCUCAAACACGCCCUCAACCAGAAGAGCCAAAGGGUGCUUGGACUUCAGCGGUUCGAGGAUUUCACCAAGCCUGCUGCGUACACAGGAGAACUCAUUGGACUUGAGUUCCUGUUUACCGCAGACAGGAAGCGUGUUUGAGGACAUCAGCAUGGAAUCCUGACACUCCGG